UUUGUUGUCCCAAAAAUAUUCGUUUGACAAAUUGGUUAUUCGAUGUUUAUUUGAAAUCAUCAGCAUUAUACAAAUGUACCCCACAGAAAUAAAACAAGUUGCUUGUGCAUAUAGUAGACAGUUUCCAAAAAGGAAAUGGGAGUUUCAUUGGGCAGAAUUAAAUUUAAGGUGCAUUAUUGGCCGACACUCACUUUCAUAUGGUUUGUGGUAACUUUUGUUAUCUCAUACGCAGUAGCUCUCUAUCACGAUCACAUUUACUGGCUCUUCCCGUAUAUUAGUGAUACAGGAGAUUUAGCACCCGAAAGCUGCGUUUUCGCUCAAUUUUUGAAUAUAGGGAUAAUAUUUUUAUCUGUGACCGUUUAUGUGAGGUAUCGGGAAGUAGACGCGGUAAUUAAUGGCGGUUUAAUUAAUAGUCCGGCGACAACGAAAUUAAAUAUUGUUGGCUUAUGUCUGGGUUGGUUAAAAUGCCUAGGUUUAAGUUUGGUAGCUAAUUUUCAACUGAAUGCUGACUAUGUUAGUAAAUUGCAUAUUUAUGCGGCAAUGGUAGCAUUCCUAAUUGGAGCAGUGUAUUGCAUUUUACAAACUGUAAUUUCUUGGAAGUACGUAAUUCUAUAUCGCAAUGCGACUACUGGCACGUCUAAAUUGGCAUUUUCCAUGUUCUCCUUUAGGGUGUUUUUAGUGGUUUCGUUUUUUGCCGCAUUCAUUAGUUAUAAAGUAUGUGCGUAUAAGGCGGCGGCGUUAUAUGAUGCCAAAGCGGUGUAUAAACAAAAUGCCCAAGGAGAACUAGUCCUUGUACUGCCAAGACAAUACACUCCUGACAUUGGAGGUUUCAAAUAUAAGGUAGCAUCUGCAUUUUCCCAAUGGAUUGUAGUAUUAAUAGAACUAUUGUAUAUUGCCACUUUUACGAAAGAAUUCAGGAACAUGAGGUUUAGAGAAAUUAGAUUUGAAAGUAAAUAUUCACAAAUAUACGAACGUACAAAUGUAAUUUUAAUGUUAAUUUUUAUCAAUCUUUUCCAGAGUAUAAUUUCGCGGCACUAUUUAGCUCCUAAUCCCAAUGUGACUACUGGUAAUUUUAAAUUAGGACGUAAAACUUUCUACUUUAGAGUGGUUUUGUCAGUUUUGUUCCUCCCCGUUUACUUUAUUUGUACAGUAUGUGGGGUUUUGGCAAUAACGCAAUUUACAGGCGAUUCUGUAAUUUAUUGGACCCCUGAUGAUGGAGGUUUCGAACUUAGGCUGGCAGCGGUAUUUGCAGAAUGGAUUUUAGUGUUAAUGGAACUAUUGUAUAUUGCCACUUUUACAAAAGAAUUCAAAUACAUGAGGUUUAGGGAAAUUGGGUUUGAAUGCAAAUAUUCAAAAAUACAACAAGGUCUAAUGUAGUUGUCAAUGCAACUAAAAUGCACACUUAUGAAUAAAUGACAAUUAUAACUAAACUAA